GACUGUGAGAGUGCACGUGAGUGUCAGUGCGCGCGUGUGUGGGGGUAUCAGGGGAUUUAAACCUAAUCUUAGCGUGGCCGGGAAGGGACAAAUCUAGUGUACGGGUGAUACGCGAUUAUUUACGGGGUGACAUAAAGUACAGGAAUGAAUAUAGACAUCGGGAUGGAGGUGAUGAUGGAGAAUAUAAAUAACAAAGAAGGGAGAGUAUGGAGGAUGUAGAGACCCUGUCACCCCUGACAGAGCGAUCCCCGGAGCAUUAGGUCGCUAUUGGCUGUUGCUGCUGAACAUCAUGCGGCGCCUUCGGAUCGGCUGCCUGUACUAGACUAGGGCUCUCCCCGAACCCGUCCCUGGCGGUAUGACAGCUCCGUGGGUGGGAGGAUCAGCCCUCCCCCUCCUCCUCAUUGUGCUGAAUGAGAGACAGAGCGGCUGAAAUCAAGAGCAGGAGAAAAUUCCCCAUCCGACAAGGACAUCAGCCCCCGGCCACCUGGGACAUGACAAGCCCUGGCAGCCCCAGUAGUAGCAGUAGUAGUAUCAGCAGCCCCAGCACCAGCAGCAGCAGGAGGGCACGGGAGGAGAGGCUGGGUGGGGGCAGCAGGGAGGUUACAGGGCGGCAGGAUUCGGUGGCAGGUGGCGGCGGCGGCACAGACAAACAGAAUGGUAGGGAGAUGAAGAGAAGCAGGAGGGGGAACUGGGAGGGGGGUAUCGCUCCAUCACUGACUAGCGGUAUAAUAUUACCAUCUGGCUGCAGCAAGUGAAGAAGAGGCAGCGGCACAUUAGACAAAACACACAUACUACACCGCUGCACUCACUCUCACUCACUCACACUCACUCACUUCUCCUGCACAUGCUGCUCCCCCCUUCCCCGGGUCUGUCAGUCCGUGUGUCCCAGAGGAACCUCUUUCACCCUCGCACUUGCCCUCACCCCUCUCAUUGAUGCCUGUGCCCUCCUGCCCCCGAGUCCAGCACCGACCAUGGGCUGCCUGCAGAGUCUCACCUGCAAGUCUCGCGUCCGGAGGGAGAACAUCACCGUGUACGACGUGUGCGCCACCAUCGACCAGUGCCCGACCUCCAUCGAGGAGAACUCGCCCAUUGUCUUAAGGUACAAGACUCCUUACUUCAAAGCCUCGGCGCGGGUGCUCAUGCCCCCCUUACCUCGCUGCGAGACCUGGGUGGUGGGCUGGAUACAGGCGUGCAACCACAUGGAAUUCUUCAACAUCUACAGCGACCUGGGCAUGUCAAGCUGGGAGCUGCCAGAUUUGAGGGAAGGGAGAGUAAAAGCAAUCAGCGAUUCGGACGGCGUAAGUUACCCUUGGUAUGGAAAUACCACUGAAACUGUGACCUUGAUGGGACCUACCAACAAAAUCUCCAGAUUCUCCGUUAGCAUGAAUGACAACUUCUACCCCAGUGUGACGUGGGCAGUCCCCAUCAGUGAAUGCAACGUGCCCUUGCUCACCAGGAUCAAGAGAGACCAAAGUUUUACCACCUGGUUAGUAGCUAUGAAUACCACCACCAAGGAAAAAAUCAUUCUGCAGACUAUAAAAUGGAGGAUGAGGGUAGACAUUGAGGUGGAUCCAAACCAGAUGCUGGGUAAACGUGCCAGGCUGGUGGGGAGGACUCAACAGGAGCAGCCUAGGAUUUUAAGCCGCAUGGAGCCUAUCCCACCUAAUGCACUGGUAAAACCUAAUGCCAAUGAUGCACAGGUCCUUAUGUGGAGACCAAAAAGAGGACAGCCUGUGAUAGUCAUCCCACCCAAAAAGGAAUGAAGGGCAUGGGUCUUUUGGGAACAUAUUCUUUAUAGCUUGCAAAGACCACGUGGAGGAUUUAAGGUACAGAACUCUUUACAGUGAUUACCAUGUGCACUUUUGGAAGGAACACAGACAUUUUAUACAUUUUAUUUAUUUGAGACAAAUGGCAUUUGUUAUUCACAUUUCAUAGUGCCCGUGGCCAAACAUAAAUAAUAACUCCAGGAAGAUCUUCAGUACAGUGACAUGCUAUUGCCACUGUUUGCAUCAGCCAAUUAGGUGCAUAUAAGGGAAACAGGGGGCUGAAAUGCUGAAACCAUGUGGGGUAACAUUGGUGUGAAGUGUUAUGUUCCAUAUCAGUUAGAGAUUAACCUUAAAUAGGGAUGGGGUGCAAGAAUUAUGCAAAAAGAGAGCUGACAAAAUGAUAUAUGUCAUUGACAUAUCCCUUUCCCUAAAAUUUAUGGAAAAGCAUUUUAUACUAUCCUCUUUAAUCAAAUUCUUUCUUUCAAGCAACCUGCUGUAUCUCCUGGCAUUCAGUGUCCUUGUGACUGGUGGUAGUUAAUAUUUAGUAACAGCUGGAAAGGCACGGGUUGGACUACUAGCCUGAGAUGAUGAUUUAAAGAACAAACAACACUAAAAAAGCUAAAGUGUUUACCUGCAAUGGCAUAAUAGUUAUUCAUGACAAUAUCGAGAGCCUAUUUAUAGAUUUUUUUUUUUUUAAUGCUGGGGAAAUUUCACAUUAACUUCCUGUGAAGAUUAUUGUUUGUUAUUAGCAGCUAUUUUAUAUAUGUUUUUUUUUAAUCAAGAUUUCAGGGAUCCAGCAGUCAUAAGUAUCAUAAAUGUAUCACAAAUGAAUCCAAAAUAGCAUUAUACAUAGCCUAAUAUGGCGAGCUUUGUAAACUCUUUCCAUACUUGGUACACAACCAAUCAUGACUUUUUCUUCCGAUUUUUUCCUAUCAUUUUUCUAAAAUCUUCCACCCUCUUAAAUUUUUCUCAGUAGCAGUCAGCGCCCUAGUUGUUUUUAUUGCACUAGUUAAUAUAUUUCUCAGCAACACCCACUGAGCAUUCUCAAAUUUCAGCCUAACUGGCCUUUAAACCCCUGGCCAGCCCUACAAUGUGAGGACUGCUGUUUUAGAGAAUUGUUGACCAAGAUUAACAUAAGAAAAUUAAUCUAAUUCAUCCUUAAAAUGUAAAUUUUGGAAAAAUGGUCAUCAUUGUGGUGCACAGCUUAAACACAGGCCCGGAUUUGUGGAGAGGCCACCAAGGCCCGAACGGCAGGAUUUUAGGGGCCGGCUUGCUGCCCAACCACACCCACAUUGGUUCAGAAACACUGGGGAUGAGCAGGAGAUAUGAUUUUUCUUAAAAAUUUCCUGUACGCCAAUCCCCAUUGCUCUGGUCUGGCCCUGCUUAAACACAAGGUAUUUUUAAGGAUAAGUACACAUUUAGCUCUGAAUUUCGGUGUCCACAUUCUUGAUAUUACUGACGGUUGAUACAUAAUAUCUGGUAGGGCUUCAUGCAUAUUUUCAUAACAUUUUGUGUUCCAUGAACAGGAAAAAUCUGCUAUAAACAUACUUGUACUACCUUACAAUCCUUAAUAAUACAAGGUCAGCAGCAACAUUUAAAGUGUGACAGGUUUCAGCCAAGGGUAUUUGUUGUAUCCCUGGGCUCCAUGGCCCUGUGGUCAAUAUUAUAUUACACAAGAGCCAUGAAUAAACUGUGAAUUAUAUGCUUAGCGUUAGUUCUUUAGGGUGUUAACUGAGUCACAAGACUCUUGUGUAUUAUAACAAAUAGCCCCACUGUUUUAUAAACAUAUUACAAAGCUCCAAGAACUGUACAAAAGCAAUGAUUGCACCCUACUGUUAUUAUAUGGUCAUGGCACUCUUUGGUGACUUCUAAUAUCUAUAAUAUUUAUAGCCCCCAAAUUCCCCCCCCCCCCAAAAAAAUUGAAUUCGCAAACAAUACAGUGCCCAGGUAAUAAAAAAGCAGCUUGGCCAUCUCUGGUACAGAAUUAUUAUAUAAUUAUGAACGUAUAGCUUAUAAACAUGGUAUAUAUUUUUUUUUUAUUUAUAAACAGGGCCUAGUACUAGAUUUUUGUCAGAAGGUACUGACAGAUAUAUAGGGUUUCAAAACCAUGAUUUUUUUGUUUUGUUCAAAUCACCUGUACUUCUGCCAGGGAAGAGAACUGUACAGGAGGGGGGGGAGCCAGAUGGCCAUUUUGAAGAAGAUAUCAAUUUGUUCUGUUAAAUAUUCUUGUAAGCCUAUUAAAAAAAGGCACUUAGGGUAAGAGUGGGAGUGAAAACUUAUUUUCAACAUAAAAUAUUUUUGGAACAUCUGUCUAAAUCGCUGGUAGAACACCGUUUUCAGAUAUCUAGAAGCUGAGUGGCAGGGCUGCUGAACAUACAUUGGACCUCAAAGCAGGACAUGAACAAAAAAAAAUCUGAAAUCCCCCACAGUAUUGUUCUCAUGCCUUAACUCUUCUCUUCCCCACAGUGCGUAUUUACUGAGAUGUCAAAUUCUGUACCGCUGGUUACAAUAACCUAAUGUCUUAUUGAUUAUCUGUGCUCUUUUGGGCAUAUUCUGUGUUCUCUUGGUGGGCACUUAGGACAGAGAUGGGCAGUUCUCAGCCUACACUAAGGAAAACAUUUAAAGAAAAACUAAGAAAAAUCUGAGUAUUAAAGGAGAAUCACAACAAUGUUUUUUUGUCCUUUAGCGUUUGAUUAUGAGAUAUAGAGGUUUGUCUGAAAACUUGGCUUUGUGUAAGAUACACUAAGGCGCAGUGCAGAGAGUUGGCUGUUGCGGGCACAUGGUGGCAUUUUGUUCUUCUGCACAAAGGGCAUGCUUGAGACAUUCUCAUUAAAUUUCCAUUUGCCUGUAUCAUGUCGCUAGCUGGCCAACUGUGAAUAUGGGAUAUUGAAAACAUCAAUAUUCCACAAACCUUUAUUGAAGUGAAAUGAAAAAAAAAACCCAGCUGUGCCCUUAUUAAUUGUUAUUUUUCUGGCCACUGCAUUCAAUUGCUUUCUUUCCGAUAUCUGACAGCUGUGCAGAAACGGCAGUGUCCAAAACCUGAGCCAAUUGCUGUUUGGCAAACAAAGCAGAUGCUGUUUAAUCCAUGUCCUGGUGCUUGAUAGAGAGUUGCCCUUUGAUAAUAGUUAUAUUUGGGAAAUGUACACAAAACAAUGCAUUUGAACCCUUUGUGCUGUUUUUAAUAUUGAUUUAACUCAUUAGUAGUUAUGUUUCUACCAUGAACUACCAAGGCAGGUCCCUGUACUCUAUUUUGGAGUGUCUUCCAGGAAUUACUUUAUUGAGCAGGGGUGGACAGAGUAAUGCCAUAAUAUCUCGCACUUUACACAUCCCCUAAGUUGAUGUUUGGGCACAUCCCAACACAUAGUCAUGUCGUUACCACCUGCCCUAUGUAAUGCUCUCACUACACUGUGCAAAGAGCAGCUAUGUUCCUGCUAAAAGGGUUUUGAGAAUGAGGACUAAGGGCUGCAAUUUUAUAUCUCCAAGUGCUGUUGCACUUGUGGCAGAGACAUAAGUAUAAAAUCCAUUUCUGUGUUGGAUGUAAUAUUUGGAUGAUUGAGACACCAUGAUGUGUUUCAAAUAAAUGACAACAAUGAACUUGUCAGUAGUCUGGGGCAGGAUAAGCAGUCAUAUAAUCAUAGCUGUUCUGUUAUAUAAAAAUAACAGGUCAGAUUCUUGUAGAGUACUUGACAAGGAUGCAACGUGCGAACUGCAGUUCAGCAGAGCUGACAGAGCUGACAAUGUGCACUUAGCAACAAUUUGCAUUUUGAGCUAUAAUAGAAAAAUAAUUCGAUAUCAGUAUCUUUAUCGCAGCCCAGUGUCUCAGUGUAUUCACCUGCCUUCCUAGCUGACAACUGCAGCUGUUAAGUUUAUUUCUAUAGAAUAAAGAGAAUAAAUAAUUCACGCUGAAUAAAUGCAGCGAAGCACAAGCUGAAUCCUGGUAAAAAGGGAGACCUUGCCCCAGAGAGCUUUUCAUCUAAUUAAGAGGUGGGCAUCUGACAGUUGUAGACGAUAGGCAAGAUGUAGUGUGCAUGAUACUAGACCCUCUCAUCACCCGUCUUUUCACAGAUCAGUAGAUUUAAAGAUAUCUCCUUGUAUAUUUGCUAUUCUUAUGAGAAAGAGGUUUGUCUAUACCUUUGUCCCAUUUACUUCCUGACUUCUGCUGUAUCAGGGGAUCACAAACAAUAGGUACAGAGAAAACUCAACAGCCCUGUAUUCCAAGUCAUUUGAAAUACAGGAACUGCUUCAUUGCAGCCAAAUCAACAUGCAACUGCUUGAGGCUACCAGGUGGUCUUGGGAGUUGUAGUUCUACAAAAAAAUGGGUUCCGUUUAGACAUCUCUGAUUUACAUGUUAUUUUUGCCCUUGGAUUUGAGUCUUGGGCUUCUUCUAUUGAGAUGGCCUCCUAAUCUCUAUCUGUGUACAUAGUAUUAUCCCCACCCACUCCUGUCCCCAUCACAUUUUCCCAACAUGUCUUUUCCUUAUAGAUUUUCCCAAAUCAAACUCCUUUAUAGUGGUAACACCCAGUGGUGACAGAAUAGCAACUCAGGGAGAGACCCACGUGCUGAUUCAGCUGCUGUUGUGCCAGCAUCUUUCUGCACUUCAGCGUCAGCUCUUUGUUCAUUUAUAGAAGGUUUUUUUUAAUUUAGUAAAUCACAGGUGCAGAUUUCUGUAUCUACUUUUUAUUUAGAAAAAACCAGCAGCACCAAGCAAAGCACAUUUUGUACUACUGUAGAGCACAACUGUCUUUAUUGUUGGUAAGACUACAAUUUAUAUGAUAUUAGUUUGGGUGGUAACAAUUCAAUCCUUUUGUUAUUCUGUCAGGGAUGUCUAAUCUGAUAUUUUGUAGCUGUUGCUACUCUACAACUCCCAGCACCUCAAGACAAAGUGACACAUUAAGUAUUUUUCCUUAAAAUUUCCCUGGUCACCCUGUACUUUCCCUCUGACCCUGGACACCGUUACUUACUUACUUACAAAUCUUAAAUAGCUGGAAGAGCAAACUACCUCAUUUUAAUGUUGCUAAUGAGCUGUUGUAAGACUACAACACCCAUCAUCACCAGACAGCUUUCUCCUAUACUAUUGCUCCAUGCUUUAUAACAGUGGUCCCCAACCAGUAGCUCGUGAGUGACAUGUUGCUCUCCGACCCCUUGGAUGCUGCUCCCCAUGGCCU